AUGUCCGACCUGUGUUUUCUCAGCGACUCAUUGACCAUUCAACCACCGCUGUCAAGAUGUGCUCGUGGUCCAGGACUGAUCCUAGUACGGCCAUUUUGCUAUGUGAUCUGUCAGCAGAAUAACAAGACACUGGACCCAGAACCUUUGAAGAAAUGGGCAGAGGAAAGCUUCACGGUGGCCCAAAUCACGUUAGACCAGUCCACUGAGAGUCCGCUUCAAGACCUCAUCGAUCAGGCCGUGUGUGAGUUGACCAAGCAAGGCUGUGACGGUGAGAAGAUCGGUUUGAUAGUGUAUGGAUCCAAAUCCGAUUAUGCUGCAGGAUUCGAAGAGCAUUUACGGGCGACGGCAGGGAGAGUAGCUGCUGCUGCUAUCUUCUUCGACAACUGGGAUGUUUCUCUGCCAACCCUUCUUCAUUCGCCCAGUACGACAGAGAAAGAGAAGGAGAAGAAGGACGGGCAGGUACUUUACAAUUACCCCGACAUCGUCGGAGCCAACUUCAUCAUUCCAGGACACUCAGAGUUCAAGAUCUCCACAGCAGGAGUGGCCCACACUCGCAGCGUGGGGUUCAUCAAGAAGCACCUUGGCGGGCCUUUCUUUGAUCUCGAGAGCAUCUGGGAUGAGCACACUUACUUCGAAUUCGGAGAUCGGUCGGUGGAGAAGACCAUGGCGACAAUGGUUCAGGAACCAUACGUCAACCAUGUGCCCACAUUGACUGGUGGUAUUGGGCGAUCGCGAUUGAGUCACUUUUACCUCAAUCACUUCAUCUUCAACAAUCCCGACGAUACGGCCUUGGAAUUGAUCAGCCGAACGGUAGGAACGGAUCGAAUCGUCGAUGAGUUCAUUUUCGUCUUCACCCACUUGAAGCAGAUGGACUGGAUGAUUCCUGGUAUUCCCCCUACUGGUAAACACCUCCGGGUGCCGUUCACCUCCGUGGUCAAUAUCCGCGGUGACCGCUUGUUCCAUGAACAUAUCGCGUGGGACCAAGCGACCGUGCUGGUUCAGCUGGGCCUGUUGCCUGAGUAUCUCCCCUUUCCAUAUUCGCUACCGGAUGGGUCUGUCCCGUCUCCUGGGCACCGGUUUGAAUACCGGGUGCCUGCAGCAGGGGUUGAGUCGGCGACUAAGUUGCAGAACGAGCACGAGGUUCCCUCAAACUUGAUGUUCGAUUACAAGAUUCGAGAGGUGAAGCUUCCACCUCCAUAA